CUUGCAGCUAGCUAGUUGCCAGUGUACUCCUAAACUGUGUAGUGAGUGGAGGAUGCAUCUUUUCCGUUUAUAUACUCACACACAGUGCUUCCGAAGUCGAAACUCAUCCGUUGGCCAUUUUCGAUAAUACCACAGCUAGUACAGUUUGAAACUUACGGGAAAGGAGGAAAACAUACUGCCUGAUUUGUAUAACUGUGACUACUGUCUUCUGAGCACUAUGGAGUCCUGUAGGAGACACACCACCCUGUUGUGGGCAGUCUGUCUGAUUUUGAGCAUCAUCUGCGUUAAUGUUCGUAUAGCAUCAGCAGAGCGGCUUGGCGAUCUGUCAGACUAUGAGUUAGCCAGCUUUGACAAUCCGGACAUUUUGGGUGAAAAUGAAAGACGUGCAUCAAAGUUCAACCAUUUCACCUUAAGUGAUCAUGGUGAUGUCUAUGUUGGAGCUGUCAAUUGGUUGUACUGGUUGAACGGUAGUUUGGGAGAGAUACAGAAUGUUACAACCUGUAAUGCCAGCAAACCGGAUAGUAUGCCCUGCCACCUUACAAACAACUACAACAAGAUACUGGUAGUUGACAGUACUCGGCCAGACAGUUUGAUAACCUGUGGUGGUGUGUAUGAUGGUAUCUGUCAGUCACGACAGUUACACAAUAUUAGUAACAUGACGAUGGAGUCUGUGACAUACGUUGCAGGGUAUGAGGAUGCAUCUACUGUUAGUGUGAUUGCUCCAGGAAGAGAUGGAAACCAAAUGCUUUAUGUAGCUGUUACAUUCACUGGUGAAAAUAAAGCCCCAACAAAUUUUCCAGCAGUCGCAAGAAGAACCCUUGCAAAUCCUUUAUUAUCAGCAACAAAUCUAUUUAAUACCGUCCCGUUUGAUCUUCCUGCCCUUCAGAUGAGGUUUGUCAUUAAGUAUUUCCUAACAUUUGCCUACCGUGGAUUCACAUACUUUGUCACCUCGCAGAAGGAAGAUUUGACGGAUUCUGCCCAGUUUGUUUCUAAGAUGAGCAGAGUCUGUCAAACUGGUCCAAACCUAGACGCAUACACAGAAAUUACCCUACAGUGCAGUGGAUCAGGGGACAGUGUGUACAGCUUGGUGCAAGCAGCUCACUUUGGACCAGCAGGACCUGAUCUAGCGGCAUCAUUGGGUCUCCAUGCAGACGAGCAGGUGCUGUAUGCUGUGUUUGCCAGGAACCAAGGAGCUCCGGGUACCAGUGAUGUACCCAUCGAUCACUCAGCAUUGUGUGUGUACAGGAUGACGGAUAUCUUGGCUGCCUUCAAAGAAGCAGUGCGGGGAUGUAUUCAGCCACCCAUGCCUCAACCUGAGCCAUACAAAGUUGACUAUUUGGCGGGUUCUUUCUGUAGUAGCUUUUCGAUUGUCCAGGAAUCUACUAUCUUCGUGUACGUCACGGAAGGCCGGGCCCGUUUCUACCCCUUCCUCUGCAAUGUUUGUUCCUCCGGAACUGAAGAAGCUUGUACAGUCGCCGAGACGAGUCAAGAAAACAAAGUCAGAAGAUCCACCUCCUCUACCUCCUCCACUACCUCCACCUCCUCAUCCCCCAAAUCCACCGGAGCCAAGAAGAAUGAAGAUGCCGUCCGCUGCAGCAGUAAAAAAGAGGCUGAAACGGUCCCAUCAGCUCACCGGUCCAAGGAGGUGGAGAGUCACGUGGCCUUCCCAAAGCCAGCGUCUCCCUACAUUGCAGCCCGGAAGAGAGCUCAACGUAGAGGGGUAACUGCGAGGAGGAUACGGAAACGGAGGCGACGGCGAAAACGCAAGGUUUGA